GUUAAAUGCAAUUUAUUCCAGAUGUACAUACAUAUGUAAUAUAAAAAAAACGUCAAUUACUAAUUUCCACUUUGUUUUCUUGAUUGUUGGGAAUAUCAAGGAAAAAAGACACGAUUUUCAAUAUUUCUGUCCAAAUCCAAAUGAAAGGAACAAUUUUAUUUUUGCUCACCACAUAUGAAUAAUUUCAUUCUAGAAAAUAUUCACAAUUAUAUUAAAUCCAAGUAUUCCCAAUGCUCAAAAAGACUAAUAUAAUAGAUGUUAAAAUUUUUGCCAUGUCACCUACACCAGCUAUAUAUGGCCAUAACACAAUUGUACAAUCAAAUCAAUUUCAACAAUCAACAGAAAUUAAUAAUAAUAUUUUAAAAAUAUUUCAAGAUGUUGCCUUAAAUGAAUUACGAGAAGAUAAAAAUACUCAGGAACAAUCUUUAAAACAAUUUAGAAAUAUUUUGCUUAAUAAUCCAGAUAUUCAAAAUUUACGAAUCGAUGAUAACUUUUUAUUGAGAUUUCUUCGUGUGAAAAAAUAUAAUAUAUCAUUAUCAGAACAAGUACUUUUAAAAUACUUAAAUCUACGUAAAACUUAUCCUCAUAUGUGUACACAAUUAGAUAUUUUAGAUGUUAAUCAAAAUUCAAUAAUAUCAAAUGGAUAUAUAUUUGUUUCACCGAAUCGUGAUAAAUCUGGACGACGUAUUGUUUUCGUUAAUGCCAAAUUAUUUAAUGCAAAGCUUUAUUCAAGUGCUGAUCAAGCAAAAGCUCAUAUACUUACAUAUGAAACACUUUUAGAAGAUCCAAUAAAUCAAGUAAUUGGAUUAACACAUAUUGGUGAUUUAUCUGGUAUUACAGCAUCACUUGUAUUAAAUUGGAAUCCAACGGAAUUUGCAAGAAUUUUACGUUGGGGUGAACAAUCUUUACCAAUUCGUCAUAAAGCUGUUCAUUUAGUUAAUGUACCAAUGCCUUUUAAAUGGGUUCUUGAUUUUGUUAAAGGACGUGUCAGCCAGAAAAUGAAACAAAGAUUUCAUGCAUAUACAAAUAUAAAAGAGUUAAGGAAAAAUGUUGAUGUUGAAUGUUUACCAAAGGAAAUGGGUGGUAUAAUGCCAAUGAAGGAAAUGAUUGAAUUAUGGAAAAAGGAAUUAUUAGCUCGUAGAGAAUCUGUUAUUGCUUUAGACAAAAUGAGAUUGACAAGUGAUCGUGGUAUUAUAACAAGCCGAAAUCGAAAUAAUGUAACUAUAAAUAAUAUAAAUGAUAUAAAAAAAAAUGAAAAAGUUGAUCACAAACUUAUCGGAAAUUUCAAAAAAUUAGAAUUAGAUUAA